CUGCUCUCACCUAACCCUCAUUCGAUGCCAUUCUCUGCGCAAAGUUCAAACAAACAAAAAGCAGCAAAACCGGGAAAAUUUUAUUGUUGAUACUUAUAUUAGCAAUAACUAUAUAAUUCUAUCAACAACAAAAAAUGGUAUCAAACGAGGUUUAGGUAAGAAUAGCAAAUGUACCUAGCGAAAGCAGUCCUAGAAAAUUUUAGUCACGUGACCUUUUGCUGCUGUACGAAGAGAUUUUUAGCACUGACAGUAAAUAAAACAGAACACAAUCUUUAUCUGUCUUUAUCGUAUCAUAUCAGCUGAUUGAAAACGCGUGUGUACAACAUAUGUGUUACAAGUGUAUAUAUAUGAAAAAGUUAUAAAAAAAAAAACGAAAAUAAAUAAUUUAUUUAUUCAAUGGAUCCCGAGAAUUUUACUGUGGAACUUAUACAUCAAGACAUAGUCAAAAAUCAUCUUCAAGUCAAUGCUUUAAUACAAGACAUACUACAAUGCAGUGGGCCGCUAGAAAUGCUAGACGAACUAAAUGCUGAGGGCAGAGCUAAAAUAGCAAACUUAAAAUUGUCUAUAGAACGAUUAGCAUCAAUUGCCGAAACCGAAUCGAAUAAAAAAAAAAGAACUGAAUUGUUAUCCUCUGUAAAAAGUUACAAAGAACAGCUUAAUACUUCCUUGGCGGCUUUUCGCAAAGCCAAUGUUGUCAGUGCGUGUGUCAUUGAUAAAUUAGCAAGAGAAAAUCUGCUUUCAAUGCCCGAAGAGCAGCAGAACGCUCUUCGUAGACGGCGUGACAAACAGAGCUUAACAAACGCAUCAAGCCAGACCACAGAAAAGUUGUUCAGCAUCUCGAGACAUCUGGCAGAAACAACUCAGAGAAGUGCCAAUACUCUGGACACGCUAUUAACAUUCUCGGAUAAAGUCGGCAGCACCAAAGAUGAGUUGGAACAUCAACAGCAAGUUAUAGUGCAGUCGGGAAAACUCUUAGGAAAAUAUGGAAGACGAGAAGUUACGGAUAAAGUGUUGAUUGCUCUGGCGCUUAUCUUUUUUCUUGUUGUGGUUGCUUAUAUUCUUCAAAAAAGACUAUUCUGAGUAUACAUAAUUUAAGCGUUUAGAGUAUCAAGUAAUUGUAAAUGUGAUAU